UUGUUGAGGUUCUGUCAGAGCUGUUGGGCUGCACAGAAAGUCACCCGAGCAGCCGUUAGUUUAUAUUUUACCUGCUAUAAGGUCAUCGACAACAACGCGGAAAAACGUAUGUUCAGCAUUAUCAAUAGUUAACCAAGGUUAUUUGAGGUAACGGUCGGUGACAUGAUAAAUGCAACUGCUGCUGAAAGUCUCUAUGGUCGGGUUUUGAAACUUACUAGCCGCCCCCCAGCCUGAGCGUAAAAAAGUCGAACGGCAUGCUAACGCGUAGCUAGGCUAACAUUAAUUGGCUAACCGGAUCCGUUGGAAGACGUUGACUUAUCAGCUGCUUCUCCGGCUUUACUGUGACAGCUGUGAACUAGUUGUACAUCCGUAUUCAAUGUGUACACCAGACAGACAAAGCACUGUGUCCGUUUGGCACUGUGUUACUGGACAAUAUAAUGUUAGCUAGCUAAAGCAGCGUUAGCUUUAGCAAAACAAGAGCUGUAGUUGGGGAGUCAGCUGACAGUCUGCUGUAAGCUGCCAACAGAUCAGUGAUGGAUCAACUGAAAGUGAAGGAUCGCAUACUGGAAAAUAUCUCUCUAUCUGUCAAAAAGGUAAGCGUCUCACAGUUCUUUUUAGCACUCAUAAUGUUUGUUUCAGCAUUAAGGCUUUGAACAUGUCUGAGUCACACAGAAUCUCGUUUGGUCAUCUUUUGUCUGCCAAAAGGGGCAACUUUUAAGUCGGGGGGACAUAGGAACACGCCGUUAAGGAAGGGCCUUGCCCUUACUGUCAUUCACUAUCAACAAAAUCAUCUGUUUCAUUCGGAUUUUCAGUCAGCACCUGUCUUUGAACACAUUCAGCUUUCGGUUGCGAUGUUCAAGUUUCUUUUUAUAACCAUGGUGAACAAUAGUGGCCCCAGCCCCUGUGUUUGCUCACUGCAGCAUGUGUUGUAAACACAAGCAACCAUACUGCGGACCCAUACUUGCGACAUUAGGGUCAGACAAAACAUAACAUAACCUACUUUUUGUGUACUUCACGUUUAAUUACAGAUUUUGUUUGUCCACCUCUCUCAUACAAAUGUUAACUGCCUCCAUUGCACCUUGUUUCCCUUCCAUCCUUCUGUUUGUACAUUCAGUCUCCAAAUCCAUGUGCACUUAAGUUUUCAUUUGAAAUAAGCUUUCUCAUUGUCUCUGUUCCAGUUACUCGCCAUUAGGAUCUGACAUUAGGAUCUGACAUGUCCAUGAAGUAGUUGAUUCCAUGAGCACACGUCUGUGUUUUUAAGUCAGCAAGCCCUGUAUAAUCUUUCCUGUAUGAGCGUCAUUCUUUAAUGCAUUUCUCAAAUAUAAUAGUCAAAGCUAUUCUGUCUAAUUUUAGUAUAUUAUUCAUGACUGCAUACUGGAUAUGAAAGUAUUUAUGAAACUGUAUGCCACAUGCUUCUAAGAAGUACAGUGUUUACCUCUGACAAACAUUGCUUAGUCAUGUGAACAAAGUCAUGGGAUACAAAAUCUCUUUCUUAGGGUCACAAUCCUUCAAAUCCCCCCAACCACGGCUUGUGCAAGUCAGGUACUAGGGUGACUUUAUAUUUAGAUUAGUUUGAGAGAGACUUCUUCAGACUAUUUUAGGAGAAACCACAGUGAAACUCAGCAUGCAUUAUCUGCAUGUUCAAAUUGUACUUGUUAGUAGCCCUGAAUGCACCGAGCACUGUAAUACAAAUGUUUCAGAAAUGUAGAAUUUCUCUGAGUAAUUCAAUCAACAAAAUUCAACCACUGCUGUAGGGCAAGACAUUGUAUUUGCAAUGAAAUAAAGAAAUUAAUGUAAAAUAUGAGGGCAGAGUAAAAGUUGGAUCACUGAUCAUUAAUCAGUUAUACAAUGAAUGAUCCAAUGGAUUUCAUGUCCCCUAGUUUAAGAGCACAAAAACACUUGGUUUCAUGUCUUGUAGCCAAAAACCUAUGACUGGCUCUAAGAAGAAUGCAGCCUGCUUUGUGUGCUUGUCCAGUCAUUAAUGAGUGUGUAAUUUGAAGCAAUAAAUUCCUCAGAUCAGUGUAAUACUGCCUGAUAAAGCCAUGGUCUCCCACUUACAGAGCACUCAGCAUUCCCCCAGCCUCAAUUUACUGUAUUUCAUUAGCUAUAUAAUUGACUAAAAAUGUUAAAACGAACAUAAAAUGCAAUAAAAAAAUACUUGGUUUUGUUAAGAAAUGGUAUUCUGGCAUAUUCUGAAAAUGAAGGAUGACUUUAAACUGCAUAGUUUACAACACAGCACUGUCUGUAACAUGAAACACAACACCACGGCUCCUUGAACUGUGUCAGUAGUACUAGAAGUGUUUGACAAGAACAAAUUUUCCAUAUACUUAAAACUAAAGCUUUGUUUAAGAUUAAAGUCCUCUCAGUAUCCCCGCAUGGUCAAACUGGCAACAUAUUAAUUUACUGUACCAGCUGCCAAAUCAAAUCAGUGGAAUUUUCCAUCUUUAAUAUCUUAAUUAGGCCAACAAAUCACAAAUCAGUUGGACUGCAGUAUCUUGGUCAGCCGAAGCCCUGUGAAGUGUUUCCAUGCCAAUAACAUACUCUGUCUGCAUUUUUAUUUCAACAUUGCUUUCUCUCAGUUCAUCGCUUGGUUUCACAGCUAAUUAGCAAGACAACGGAAGGUUGAGGCUCAAAGCUGACGUGACCUGUGGUUCUCCUAGACCACCAACAAUAACAAAUCUUAGCUCUGGUGCAGUGAGAAAACCAGACUGUUUAGUUUUGCUUUGUGUCCAAGAGACACAGAAGGUGGUUUCAGCACCAUUUAUCUAACUCAGAUAGACAUAGAAAAAUUUGACAAUUGACAAUAUAUAAAUCUCCAACCCACAGAAACCAGCAGAUACAAGGUAUCUUCCCUGCUGCUCCUUCAGAGUUUGGUUGCAGCAAGUUUCACUGACUGGUGCUUUAUGGGUUUCUUUGUCUCCAGUCUGGUCUUAAGCAGUAGAAUUCCAAGCAUAGCAGUAAAACACAUAGAUGGAUUUAUGUCAGGAAAAAUUCCACUGCUUUGCCCUAAAUUCCUUGUUAUGUUGACUGUAUUCAUUUGUUGCAGAGUCAUAGACCUUUGGUGUCAUACUCAGUUACUGAGCACCCCCGAUGCCAAGUGUCUGCACACAUUGUAGAGGUUGUUUUAAUUCAAACUCACUGUGCUCUGGUACUGAUCCAAAAACAGACUUUAUCAUCAGCUUAGAAUUCCAUUAAUGCUAUUUUAAAGGGCUUACCUAAUAGUAUCCGUUUGAGUACAUUAACCUUUUCACAAAAAGAAUCAUUUCUUCACCUGGAAUUAAAAUCAAAAUGCCUCUCAUAACAGCAUGUCAAACUGUGUCUUUUUACAGUUGCAGAGUUACUUUGCAGCCUGUGAAGAUGAAACCCCAGCAAUCAGGAAUCAUGACAGGGUUUUACAACGCCUCUGUGAACACCUCGAUCAUGCUCUGCUAUAUGGGUAAGAGGUUUACUGUAAAUAACUGCUUUCUGUAAAUAAGAAGAGGGCACAGCAUUGCCCUUUAGGCAAUCAUAAGACCUGUUCGGCUGUAGGUCAUUUAUAUUGGUGUCAACACGUGACAGUCUCUAUAAGAAGUUAGUUAUGGCAUAGCCACUUGAUCUUCUUGGCUCUUUGAAGCCCUGUGCUUAUAAUAUAAUUGACUGUUUUCUACAUCGCAGGCUGCAGGAUAUCUCUUCAGGCUAUUGGGUCUUGGUCCUUCACUUCACCAGGAGAGAGGCUGUCCGUCAGAUAGAUGAGCUUCAGCACAUAGCAACUAACCUGGGUCGAAGUAAGACAUGUCUGUUACAAAGUCAAACACUUUUGUGAAAUCAGUGAAGUCUCACUCAUAAUUCAAAGAGCUGUAUGCAUAAAAAGGAGCUCUCUCUUCUGUGUAGGCCGAGCAUGGUUGUACCUGGCAUUGAGUGAGAGUUCUUUAGAGAGCUAUCUACGCCUCUUCCAAGAGAACCAGGGGUUACUGCAGAAGUAUUACUUCAAGUAAGAAACCUUUAUCACAUGAAACUUAUGAAAAGAUGUUAUUUUUAUUUCAGAAGCUACUUUCUGCCCUGCAGGAGGGCAAAUAAUUGUGGUGGUUUGGCAUUUUGUAGUGAGGAAGCAUGUUUCACAUUUAGCUAACACAUUUUCUUCUAGGAAUGCACUGGUCUGCAGUCAUGACCACCUCACACUCUUCCUCACUCUGGUGUCCGGUCUGGAGUUUAUCCGCUUUGAUCUGGAGCUGGUAGGAACAUGUUUAUUAUAAAAUCAGCAAAAAUACAUCUCCUUCAUAUAAACCACAUCAAUGACGUCUCUGGUGGGUUUUUGUUGGAUUCAGGAUGUACCCUAUCUAGAUGUUGCCCCUUACAUGCCAGAAUACUACAAACCCCAAAAUCUGCUGGACUUUGAGGAAAGGCUGCCCAGCUCUGACAGCUUGUCCCUGCACUCCUUCACCUCCUUGACCUCAACAAAUCUAGAGUGGGAUGACAGUGCCAUCGCUCCUUCCAGUGAAGGUGAGUUGUGUAGGAUGACCAGAUCCUGCCUGAGUCCUUAAAUAGUUAUCAGCUUGUUCAGAGUCCAAUCCAAUACUCCUGAAAUGAUGCGAGCCCUCUUAAUUUGCAACCCCUAUUGUAUCCACUUUCUUUUUUUGUCUAAUUAUCAAAGGUCCUGGUUUAACACAGAAGUUUAUACACUGAAAAUACUGAUGUGUUAUGAAUAACUAAAUAUCUGGUAGAAUGAAUUUUAAAAUGUAUUUUACACAAUCAGCCAUGAAGUAGUCGUAAAUACGUGAUCAAGUUUUGAAUAACUUAACUUAAGCUGAUUGUAGGGUUGUGUGAUAUGGCAAAAAUAUUAUCACAGUAUAUUUCAUGGCAGGAUCCCAUCUCUAAUUAUAUCAUCACUAUUUUCAUUAUUAUUACAGUCACGUUUAUUUCCUUACUUAAAAAGAUAGUCCUUAGGAAAAUGACCACAGCAGGCGGUUGGGCUAAAAUAUGUCUUGAAUCUAUUUUGUCUGUGCGUACAGUGUUGCCAAGCACAAUUGAAAUCAAAUAAGAACCUUGACUUGAGUUGUACGACACAGCUUCAGGCAUUCCUGCUCAAUUUUAAAGUCAACAAUGGGUUAAUAAUGUAAAACAUCAACAACACGUAAGUUAAGUGCACACUUGCAAAAGAACUGCUAACUAAUCAAGCUAGUAUAUCAGUCUGUAAAGUUAGCUUUGUUUUUUAGGUAGCACCCAGUAUGUGUCUGUUCAUUUGUGUAAGUGAUUGGUACAUCGAGGUAAGUUUCACAUCUAGUAAGAUUUAAAGCAGUAACAAUCUGGAUUGUUCACUCCUGACAAAGAAAAUAAGCAUAGAAUUCUUUUUUUCACCAAUUUUAAACUCGUAACAAACGAUAAAGUUAGUGAAACUCUGUCUUUGCGUAUACUUUCUUUGCAGUACACUGCAAUAACUUUAAAAAUGUAAUAUUUUUAACAUAGCAGAAAUGCUUCUUGUUUAAAGCCAUGGUCUGCAUCCAAAAACAGUCACCUUGCCUCCUUAGAACUCCAACAGAUAAGACAUGCUAAUGCUACAGCCUCUCUGGAUUUGCAGAUUGUGGACACAUUCUAAUCCCUCAUGAUCCAGUAUCAUCCCAUCGCACAACUUUAGGUGAUACUGAGCCAUAAAAUGUGAUAUGUUAUCAUAUCAUAGGUUCUGGUACUGAUCCCAAAGGUGGAUUCCAUCAAUUGUUUUGGUACAGUAAUGUUAAAUAUCAGAGCAAAUGUAAGAGGAGAUGCAUCAAUGUUUUUGCAGCCCAAACUUUCUCCAGUUGAAUUUUUAAAGGAGUAAAAUGUUUGUAAAGCAGGGUUGAUAUUUCACUGUCAUCAUGAGGUAGCAUAAGUAAAACAAUUUUACAAUGUUAUAUAGCAAACACUUUUUUGUGUGUGCAUACAAGAGCAACACAAGCCAAGAUCGAGACAAGGGGAAACAAGAUCAGUAAGAGCAACAAGUGAUUCAAGUCCAUUUGGACACAGGUACUGCCAUGCAGUGUAAAAGGCAAUGCUUCUGAAAAAAAGAGGCAUUUAAUUUUUUUUCUUCAUGGGAGCUGAGACAGACACCCAAUAGCUCUAAUUUACUUGUCUUUGGAAGUACCUUUUUUUGCACAUCCAAAUGCUGCACCAUCAUGCUGUUUAUCACAGAAGACAGAAACAUGAUUAUUUUAACCAGCUCGACAAUCAUUUGGACCCACACUUCCUCGUAAAUUGAAUUAUCUUGGGCCAAUCAGUGUUGCCCCUUGUAAAUAAGCCCCAUCAAAUAUCCAGUGCCAGUUCAGAUGUGAAUGUGUGACCCUCUUGCUGAGUGGCAAUCUUUAUUUUGGGUUUAUGAUUUCAUCAGGCCCUGCUGCAGUGCAAGUACACACUCAUGUGCUUUGUCACAUUCAUACAGCGAUGCCGAGCCAGUGGCAUGUUGAAGCAGAAUUGGGAUUGAUCCUUGCAGACUGUGUUGAUUCACAGAUUGCAAAGUGCAUUUGAUCAAAUGGACCAGUUGGCGGGCAAAGCCUCAUUGGAACAGGAUGUUCUCAUUGGGUUGAUUGCAGCAGAGUUUCCUCAUUGCUCCCCACAAAGUAUUUGACCAGUUUCCCCAUUUUAGUUCCUACAUGUCUAAUCUUUGUCAUUGGUUCCUUUGCUCCAUGAAUCAUGCCAUGUUAUUUUUUUGUUUCUGUCAUUGUCUCACUCUUCUCUCCACAACACCCCACUCUAAUGUUAAAUGUUAUCCCUCCUUUUUUUUAGAUUAUGAUUUCGGUGACAUCUUCCCCGUGUUGCAGUCAUUGCCAAGUGCAGACUGGGAAGGUGGGACAUUGGUUAACCCCUCCCCUUCCUGCAUUUCCCUCCCACCCUCUUCUCACUCAUAUCUGGCAUGGCUUCCCAGAGUUUGUGCUAAAAGCAUGUUGGGUAUUUUAACAAGGAAAUAGAGAUGUUACUGUGUGAAAUACAAGAAAAUGGUGAAAGGAGACUGCUAGUUACAGGACAUGAACACAACCACGAUUAAAGGGACAUGGGUAAAAUGUUUGAGCUGGGCUAAUGGGUUCAGCUAGGAGACUUCAGGUUUUGGUUUCCAGGUUUUUUGUCAGUGUGAAAAACCAAGAGCUUUAUUUAUUGAUGUGUAAACAAACAAACAACAAGCUUUAUUGACCAUCCUAGGAAAAAAUCAUAGUUAAAACUCUCACAGACUCACUCUUGAAACAGCAGGUUAUUUAUAACAGGACUUGAGAGUCAGAGCUGCAGCUAACUUUGGCUCAGCCUUUUUCUCAGAAAAUGUAUGAUUUGAUUAAGAAUCCUUUCUCAGCCCAGUGUUCUGGCUCAAAAAUGACACUAAUCAGCUUUAGUUAGCAAGAAAUGAUCAAAUUGCUGGUGGCUAGCUGGAGUAUAGCUGGCCAAAGUGAAAGUGAGAAACAAGACUGAAGUUGGACGAAUGCAGCUUGGUGUGGUGCUGAACUGGAAGUAAAAGGAAACAGGUUGUCAUUGUACACAGUAAGUUUGUUUGGUUUGGGAAGAUGCACAAAGCCUAGGUGACUGGAGAAUCAGUGUUGGGUGGGUUCAUGGGACUGUUGUGUUUGCAUGUGUCACUCAUGGGGAUGUUCCUAAUGCUCACUUUGCUUUAUUAUUUACUACAGUGAGAAACAAGCCUGAUGUUGCUGGUACUCACCUUGUCCAGUCUGUCUCCAUUACAUUGUGUUAACUGUUUGUCUGGUGUUUUGUUUUUGUAUGUAAUAAAUCUUCCUGUGUAAAAUGCGGCACUGGCCUGGGUUCAGCACGUCUGCAGUGUGAGGUAUCAAGCAAAAUUGUGACUUUUCUCAACUACUUCAGCAUUUGUUGCCAUCAGCUGAUGUAGGGCUGCACGAUUAAUCAAGUUUGAAUCGUAAUCGGAUUAUUUGGUUAUGACGAUAUUAAUAUCGUCAAGUCGAUUUUCCUCUCUAUCAUGUCUCGCACCUCUAGGCCACUGUAGGCUCCCCCUUCCUGCAGGAGCGCUCCCCAGUUCUCGCACACACCAGUGUAAACAAACAUGGCGUUUGCAAAAGAAGGCGAUAAUUUCAUGGCUAAAUAGGGCAAGAGCAAAUCAGUCAUGUGGAAUUGGUAUGGCUUCACAGUUUCAGAGGAAGAGCAAACACUCCCUGCUGCAAAGUCUGUCUGAAGGCGGUAUCAACUGUCUACGCAGACACGAAUUAAGUAAACGCAAAAGUUUUUUGUCAUAUCAGCGUGCGGAUGCCUAUCUGCAUCUCUCGAAACGACUAUAUGACACAGCGUUACUCUUUCAUAGCGCCUGUGCGUGGCUUGGCAUAUGCACUACAUAGUUUUUAGUGGUUUCGUUUUAAGAGAUGAUAGAAAAACUUAUUAUUAAAGUGAAGUUUGGUGAAGUUGUCAUUGAAUAAAAAAUCUAAAUAGAAAAUUGAGUUUUCAGAGAAAAAAAUCUGGAUUUUAUUUUUGGCCAAAAUUGUGCAGCCCUAGCUGAUACAUAAAAUAUGUACAGAUUGUAAUUCUAAAAGAAGCCGUGUUAAGCUCUAAUACUGAUCACCUAUUAAUGAACAAUUCAAUUCUAAUUCCUGUAAAUAUGUGUAUGUUUGUGUAGCAUGAUCCACCUCUAGCUGCAGGAGUAAUACCUGGCCCAGGCCUAAGCCACUGCAAAGGAAGCUGCUGCUGCCUGUGUACAAACUUGAUGUCCUCUGCAUUGCAUUUCGUGCCUUUCGCUCACUGCAAAGAACUACAGAGAACACUGCAGCCUCUAACAUUUGUUUAUGUGCCAAGUUGACAAUGCCGAUGAAGAAAUACGCCAAGUUUUUGUGAAGCUGUCUCGUUGGUUAACUUUACUGAGGAAAGAAUUUGAAAACGCCAAACUCAAAGAACACUUAAGAGAGGAGAAACAUCUGUGUGUGAACUGUUUCCUUUCACUUUACUUACAACGAGACAGUGUCAAAAAUGCAGUGUAUUUACUUCUAACUCUGGGAAAGUGGUGCUUUUUUUAAAUUGGAUUUUAAUUGGUGUCUUGGUGCUUCUCAUGGCAGAAGGGGACCUGACUGACCAGGCAAGCUGCCCGAGAUCCAGUGGCUCUGAUCCACAGACAGUUAUUAGUGACACAGUGGUCAUUCCUGUCGGCUCUGUCAAUGUGAAGGGUGCAGCUCAUCCCGCUGCCCACAGCCCCACUUUCAGACACAACCCUUUCAAUGAGGACUCAGACACCAACACCACCAACACCUCGGCUGACAUCACGCCUGUACACGUGGCCAGCCGUCAUAAUACCAUCACCCCCACCAAUGGAGAUGACACAGAGAAUGCCAGCAAUGAGCUGGAAGUCAUCAGGUACAGCACCAUUUAUUAUUUAUGAUACAGUUGUAUUGUCUGGCAUCUAGUCUCAUAUCCUGUCACUGUGAAAGACCCAACCCAGCAAGUGUGUCAUCAAUGCUUCUUUCCAAACUGUUAAGGAGGUAUGGUAGAUAGAAAAAUGUGAACCAUUACCACGGCCACCGUUUUUCCAAUCUGUCAUGCUCAUGCAUCAGCUCAAGCCUAAAUUGGAUCGCAGUCUGCUGAAGCAAAGUUAUUGAAUUUUAGUUGGAUUUGACUCUUGAUGCUGCUGAGCAGUUGGUGAACCAUGGCAGACAGGAUAACCACAGUAAGGAAAAUGAAUGUCAGAAUUUGAAUAUAAAAAGAACAUUUUUCAAAAGUUUUAAAGUUUAGUAAUUUUUUGAGAAAAAAUCCCAAUACACUAUGAAGUGGAUCUUCAAUUACAUUAUGGUCAAACAGUGUACUGUGUGCUGACAACACGCCAGAUGGGUCAUCUCUUCUUUAUAGCACAAGAUCUGGUCCAUGUUUCCAAAAAGAAUGUCAAACUUUGAUCGGUCAGGCCACAGUACAGUAUUCCACUUGAUCCUAAAUGAAACUAAGAGAUUUUCUGGCAUGUCUGGAUCAUGGAUAUGUAUGUUUUAGCCUUUGUACAGUUUAGUUUUCACACACAUUUACGGAUGCAGCGAUAAACUGUGUUCUUAGACAGUAUUUUUUGGAAGUGGUUGCGUGACCAUGCAAUGAUGUCCACUGUAGAGUCAUGUCUAUUUCUUAUGGAGUGAAAGCUGAGGGCCUGAAGAUCAUAACCAUAUAGACUCAUGUCUUUAGUGAUAUCAUGCACCGUAGAUGAUCACCUCCAAUCUUUAUAAUUUAUGCUGAGGAGAAUAAACCUCGAAUUGUAGAUAACACUCACACAGUGGUGAAACACUUUUGAUCUCUACUGCUGAGUGUCUCAGCCUCUUGGUUGCUCUUUUUAAACCCAGUCAUUGGCUAACAGUUUUAAUAGCUGUUUUUUUUUUUUUUUUUUUUUUUUAAGAAUAGCUUAACAUUUUCAGUGUUUUGUCGUCCCUGCUCCAACUAGGGGUGAGAAUCAUUAGUGGCCCCAAGAUACUUUAUCAUCACGAUACUUGGGCCACGAUUCGAUAUUAUUAUUAUAUUAUUAAGUUUACUAUGAUGUCACCUCUGCCAACCUCACUGGACAAUCAGUUGAUUUUAUUUUUCCAUUAUCAUAGAUUUGACUUUAUAUUAAAAACUAAUUUGAAAAAUCAAUACUUGAUGAAUGAGAAGAUACGAUAUAUCCAUAGACAAAAUAUAGCGAUACAAUGCUUUAUCGAUUUUUUUCUCUCACCCCUUGCUCCAACCUUUUGAAAAUGUUUACUACCACUACUUGAACUUAGAUGAAGAUUACAUUGUUCAUAAAACGCUGCAAUUUUUCCAGUUUCAUUUGAUGUGUUGUUAUUUUUUUGUAUUAUUUUCAAUCAAAGGUAGGGUUUUCAUGAUUUGCAAACCAUCAAAUAAAACCACAAUAGUUUCAACCUCAUUCUCUUAACUGGAGUGUGUCUGAGUACGAGUGAGUUUUUAAUCAGAUUAUGUUGAAAUGGAAAAACCUAAGCAAACCUCUCUGAUCUUUCAGGAUGGCCAGACGAAAGAAACCAGCCAAGAAGCGGCGAGGGAAAGGCUCAACAGAUUCUAGCAGCAGCAUCCAUAAUUCUGUCUCCUCCGAGCACAUGGAGAUAGACAGCAGCCUCCUGGCCUCAGAGGAUGCAGAAUCAUUGACUUGCUCUGCUUUUCAGCUGGAAACCGAAGGGGAGGUGAGGAGAAGCAGAGUGGGUUCAGAGGUUGUGGAAGGAGGAGAUGAGGAUGGUGUGGAAGGCCUCUUGCGGCUCCCUCAGAUGACAGACACCUCCAUGGAUUCAGUGGGCCAGCCCCUCCGUGAUGUGAUGGAUCGACUUAAUGGGGCUCUGGACAGGGAGGAGGAGCCCUGGGAGCAUCUAGAGGAGGAAGCAGAGGGGGGACAGAAUGAAGGCUGUGACCAUAGCACUGAGUCUCCUCCGCAGCAGCCCUUUCGAGAGGACACAGGGGGCGAGCCACCUGACCGUGCCCAGGGAGAGACGUGCCUCUCUCCACUGGCCACAAGCCCCAACUUCCUGCAGGCCUCCCCUGCACCAACAGACUUAUGCUGCUUUACCGCCAACAGUCCAGACUCUGCUCCCACGGGUGGUAGCUACUAUGACAUUACAGGGCAUUGCCAGUCGCAGACUCUUUCAGGUGGCCUUGAUGAUGAAAGACAAGGAGAAGCGCCAACAGGACAGAAGCCAAACAUGACGCCUCUGGGACAAGACACAGAGGAAGGAAAGGAAGCAGAUUCAGAAGAAUUACAAGAGGAGAAGCUGAGUCCCUCUGAAAGCUCUCACCCGGCAGAGUUUAAGUAAGCUGCUCACACAAAAAAAAUAAUAUGGCUUUUAUAAUAUUCUUUUGGCUGUAACUGAUUUUUUCAACAUUCACAUUUCAGGGUGGACAACAAUCAUUUGCUUCUUCUAAUGAUUCAUGUAUUCAGAGAAAACGAAGAGCAGCUCUUCAAGGUAAAGACAGAGGGACACAUAUUUUCUCUUUAAAUCAAGGGAAUAAAUGCUAAAUGAGCUUAAUCAUUUCUGAAGUCAGAUGAUCACAAACCUACAGAGAAAUGUUUGUCUGUAUUGUAUUCCACCUUUGAACAGCUUGUUUUGUAGAGAGAGGUUUGAAGACUGUUGCAUAGUGAGAGUGUUGCAAGGCUUAUUGUACCAAUUUCCUCUUUAACGGCUUGCUCUGGCUUCAAUAGCAGUUUACAAGUCCUCCAAAUUCUUUUGAAGUUUACAAAGAAUGUAUUUUAAACUAGUAUAUAAUCUAUGAUGACAAAACAAGUGUAUGCUUGGUUUUAUCAAUAGACUGUAUAUAGAAUGGACACGUCUGCCUCCUUGCUGGGUGAAGCCACCGCGAGAACAGCACCCUCUGGUGAUAGGCUGCGGUAUAGGUCAUAAAUCCUGCCUCCUCCAGCAAUCCCUAUGGAGUUGUGGACGAACUUUAGAAAUUAAUGACACAGAAUAUACAUUUUUCUCCCCUCUGCUUGCGAUGUUGACGUGUAGUUACUGUAAGACUGGUUUGUGCUCAAAUCCUCUUUUUUCUGUGCAGCUCUAUUUUUAAAAGUUAUUAGGGGGUUCAUUUUUUCUGUGAUUGACACUUGAUACAGCCUAUGGGUGUACAAAGAUUGCGUAGCUCACCCGGGGGAUACGCUAUCUGAGCCGAGCGUCAUCACAGCGACUCUUAGCAACUCUCCUGCCAAAUGCGUACAACUCUAAUGCGCAAGUGGAGAAAAAAAACGGAAAUACCGUGAGCUUUUUGGCUUCAAAUCCGUAUACUGACAGAAGUCGGAACCAAGUUGUCCAUAGUAUAUACAGUCUAUGGUUUUUUCCAAAGUCUCCACACUUUGCUGCAGCUUGAUUCCAGCAGUUUUGAUCCAUCACUCCUGAACAGGGUGGUCUAAAAAAAAGACAUAAUGGGGGUUGCCAACAUCUGACAGCAUUGAUCUUUUUCAGAUGGUGAGAAUGAGCACAGGUCAUAUGGAGGGCGAUCUACAGCCUCUUUACCUGCUGCUGACUGACUGUUACAUUUACCUGCUUAGGAAAGGUAAGUCAUUAAAAACCCAGUAUGUAUCAGCUUUGGGGAAAUAAGGAGUGCAAAAUCGCAAGUUCUAAGUGGAAAUAUUCUGGUGACAAAAUUUUAGAUUUAUGUACGACCUCAUAGCAUCAGAAACUGGUGUGGUGCCUUCAUUCUGUGUGAGCGAAGUUUGUAAUUUGCUCUAAUAUACUGAAAUUUCUGACUGAAAACUCUGAGGCACGGCACAGGAUGCACCUUCAGUUGAUAGCCUUGGUCAUUUUGAGCAGAAAAGGGUCUGAAAAAGUCACAGAGACCUUGUCAGAGAAAAUUACAACCACCAAAUGACUGAAAUGUCAGUCUGGAAUAAUAUCAGAGACACUGUGUGUUCCCAAAUGUGGUUGGUGAUGAUGUGCCACAGAACUUUCACAAAUUGUAGACAGUUGGUUUGCAGAGGAUUAAAAUCACAGUCAUCGACUCCAAUUAUUACUAAUGAUCAGAAGUCCCCAAGUGACUCCAGUUUUGUGCAAAUGAGGCGUCAGCUUCUGGAGAUUGAAUGUGACUGGCAUUUGUGGCAGUACAUAAACCAAACCAGGCAGCAGUCACUGCAGAUGCUUGUUUCAACUCUUGCUGCUUCGCUCUUCUCUACAACUGAAUAAAAUCGAAGACAUACAGCCCCCAAGCAAAGUACCAGACACCUUACUUGAAGAAUAAAGUCCUAAAGCUUCAGGAUUUGAUAAAACGCUCUUGAGUAUGUGCAUAAUUUAAUUGUUUAAUUAUUUUUUCACAUUCAGCAUUAAGUUAGUACUUUUGAUUUUCCUGAAAAUUUCCUUCUGACCUGAGAGCCUCUGUUGUUGUGACUGUCUCAAAAGAUUCCAGGAAGUAGACAUGAAUUUUUGAUAAGGUUACUCUGUUGGCAGAUACUACUCUACACUGAAAAAAUACUUACUGCAAGGCUUUGUUGUGGCUUUUUUCCAUAGGUGCAGCAGAAAAGCCCUACACAGUAGAGGAUGCUGUUUCUUACAAUGAACUGGACUAUCUGUCAGUAAGUGUCUGAGUCCAACACCCUGUCUGCUCGUGUUCAUAUUCAUCACAUCAACCCUGUUGUUGUCUUUGUGCAGUCACCCGAGGGUUAUUUCUAAAUAGCUCAGUGUAGAGUUAAAUACAAUUCAUGUACAUUCAGAGCUGGGUUAGUGGAGCACAGAGUCAGUUUUCUGUCUGCUUUGUUUCUUCUCAUUCUGCGUACCUUUAGGUGGGCCUCGACCAGCAGACUGUGACAGUGGUUUGCACCAACAGACGGAGAAAGUUCCUGUUGGACACAGCUGAUGCCUCACUAACUGUGUAAGUGGACCUGUAUCUGUGCCUCUGGCUUGUUCAGACUCUGGUGCCAUUGUAGACUUGACAGACUUGAAGAUUUCACUUUAAAGCAUUUCAAUCGAUCUAUCUCAAGUUAGUUUUUGAGCUAUGUUCAUGAAUUUCUGUAUCCCUGUGCUAACCGACAUGCAAAUCUUUGAAGUCUUAACUACUUACGAAAAUCUGACUUUGAGCCAAACGGGACACAUAAUAUUUCUCCUCAUCCAAACAAUCCUGUUUUUUUUUUUUACCUCCAGCUGGUUCUUAUCUGUGUUGAAGUCAGCCAUGGUGAAGGGUUGUCGUGAGCCUCCAUACCCCUCUGUUCUGACUGACGCUACCAUGGAAAAACUGGCACUCACCAAGUUUGUCUCCCAGGAAUCUUACUGUGAGGUAACCACAUGUUGAAGUACACCUGUUCUUUUUGAGGUUUUCAUUAAAUACUUGGUCAUAAAUUCAAAUAAUCAGCCUCGAUAUCAGCAAAUCAGAUCAAAGCAAGGACAGAUUUGUGGAAACCUGGAAAUAAACUAAAACUCAUCUGCAGCAAAAAAGCUCAUAACUAGUGUGUGUGAAAUUGUAUGAAAAGACCUUGUCAUUAGUGAUGUCCAGCAUACACUUGGUCACCAGUGUCCACCUCCUUAUCAGUUUAUAGUAACCUCUGGCUUUAUGUGUGAUGAUGCUAAAUUGAAUUUGGAUGCAGUUUAAGAGCAGCUUUAUUGGUUUUGUUUCCUCCAGCAUUUAUCUGAUUUCCAAAACAGUGUUCAAUAAGAAGGUACUUGUCUUCCCAGGUGUCGGAUGUUUCCAUCCAACUGUAUUCACUGGUUCACUGGGAGGAUCCCAUGGACAUGGCUUUAUCACCCCAGGGUGACCCAUCCAGGUCUGGGGGACCUUCCAGCACCAAGGAGGGGACUCUGCAAUACCGGGCUGGAACCACCUACCUGGGCAAAGAGCUGUGGAAAAGCUGCUACCUCGUCCUCAGGUGAGGUCAUACUCAUCCUCAACAGUCAGCUCAACAGUGGGAAUGUUUCCUCACAAAUACUCUGAAAACUUCUUAUGUCACUUCCCAGUGUGUUUAUCAUUUUUUACAUGCAAGAAUGAAAUCUAAUUAAGUAAUCCUGAAAGUAGUUCAGCACUGAGGACCAAACUGUGGAUCACACAACACAGUACUUGGUCACUUAAAUCAUUUUUUUAUUUUCACUGAGUAUAUUCUUCUUCAACUGUUUUCAGCUGAAUAUAAAUGAUUGUCCUCUUUUAUUUCAGCAAUGGGAUUCUGUACCUGUAUUCAGAAAGAACUGAUGGGACACCUAUAAUGUCAGUCACUAUGGGGUAAGCUAGCCUGCUUUCAGUUUGAAUACAUCUGUACUAAUAUAGAAGUAGUUGUAUUGUUGAAGUACUUUGCUCGUUUUAUCAAAAAAGAUCUGUUGUUUUAGCCCUGUCUCAUUUUUUAAGUGUAAGAUGUGAAAUGUCUCAAAGGAAAAGUCCUUUGAAAAUGAAAGUGGCAUAUAUUUUGACACAGGCUUUCCUUCAUGCUCUUUGUUCUCCCUCAUUAUUUUGCAGAGGAGAGCACUGUGGAGGCUGCCGGCGCUCUAACAGUGGAGAGCAUCCUCAUGCCUUCCAGGUCAUCCUGACGGAGCGACCUCCACUUGAGCUCAGUGCUAACAAUGAGCAGGACAUGGCUGACUGGAUGCUGCUACUCUGUCAGUCAGUCUCCAAAGGGGUAAGCAUUUUAGCGAGUGUCAAGAUAACAUUUGUGUCACAUUUUACAAAACAUGAGGAUAUCAUUAAAAGUUGUUUUUUUCAAUAUUCUUAAUGAGUUAUUUACUUAAAUGAGAAUUUUAGAUGUUAGAUGUGAAUUGUGUGCAAGGCAUUAUUCUUUGACUGGGUCAGUGGGAUGAGAGAUUAGCUGCAUUCACAUUGCACAAAAUACCAAACAUGUGAUUCCCUUUCAGCUAACACCCUGCAGGAAUGAAAGGAAUCAGUAAUGAAUAUUUGAGUCUUCAAGACUAAAUACUGUUGAAGCAAGCAACAUAAAUAGAUGAAUCCAUAAAUACAUGUAGGAAUAAAUAGAUGAAAAGAAUGAAAUAGAAAAAAAGACAAUCUCAGUGAUUUGGAACAAACAGCUCUUUCUUUUUAUAGAAAUACACAAAGCAUUUGUCGUGAUAUCCCACACACUGCUGCAUGUGAUACUCAUCAGUUAAACUCAUCAGUCCAGUUGCACUUUUUUUUAUUAACAGCUUUGAACUAAAAAUCAGCACGCAGAAAGCUUUUACACAAAUAAUCUCUGCAGGCAUGCACUGUGCUAGCUUUACAAACUUGACAGGCCUUAUGUUUUGUGCUCAUGUUAUAGAAGAUCUUCCAGUUCUAAAAUGCAAAAGAUCAACAUGAAUUAUUUUUGUAUGUGUAUGAAAUAUAUGAUCAAACUGAUUUUGCUUUACCUGCAGGUUAUACCCCAAGGUGUGGCCCCCACCCCGUGCAUCCCAUGUUGUCUAGUUAUGACAGACAGGAAACUGCUUACUUGUCACCAGGACUGUCAGACCAGCUUCUUCCGUUCUUUGGGCAGCGCUGACAUCUGUGAUGUCACCGGAGUCAGCAUAGAGGCGGACAAAGAGUAUUGUGUCAUUGUGAGUGUCUCAGCCUUACUUUGGUUGAAUUAUUUGAUUAUUCAUAAAUGUGUGAUGAUCAGCCCUAAAAUUUAAUGUAGCAGCUGUAAAGCUAAGCUAUGCUGGCAUGUACCGUUAAUGUCUGCACCAAACAAACUGUAGGUUGUUAGCGGUAAUCAUUUUAUGGUGUCAGUUGUCUGCUGAGAACUCCUUGACUUGCAGCAGAGAUAGUGCUUGAGUUUGAGAUGUGGAAUUGAGUUGCUCCUAAGUCACACAGACUUGGUCUUGCCACCCGGAAGACUUGAAUUUGACUCUGACUGGAGUUUUGGGACUCCCGCACAAUCUUUUGUUCUGUGUUUUGGCUUACUGACAUCAAGAGCUGAAUGCCAUUUCCUCCAAUAGUGCACAAAGUUUGGCAUCUGAUGUGCGAGCGGACAAACUUCAUAACACCAUCAUGAGUCACCUGUAGCUGCUACAGAACAGUGUGUUUCCAGGGUUUUCCUCUUGUGAACCAUAGUUGGGCAGGCCGAUCAUGAAUAUCCCCUGAUAGGGUGACCGCACGUCCUCUUUCACCCGGACAUGUCCUCUUUUUUGGGGGCUGUCCCGGUUUGUCUGGCUUUGUCUGGGGAAGUUUAUAAAAUCCUUCAAAUUUCUGCGGUUUUGUACAGAAGUUUUGAGUUUGUGUCACGUGGACUUAAUGAGUUAGAAGCGCAUAAAAGACACUCUAAAAACUAACUUUGUGGGACUCGGUGACUCAGCCCCCAUGUAGUCGUGUCCUCUUUUUAGGAAGUCAGAAUAUGGUCACCCUGUCCCCUGAACAGUUUCUUAAUUUCUAUAUGCACAAGAUCACUUUCUGGAUUCAACAAGUGUGGCCCAUGUUUCACAUAUCGUCACCCUCUCAAAAUAUGUCUGUAUGUCUUUCUUCAGGCCUAUGUCCCGUCUGUUGAUGCAGUGAUUGCAGUCCAUAUAAACCUUGUUUCUGUUUAAACAGUCUGGUGCCUACGUUUGCUGCACUCUUAGUUUUGGAUCCUCAUGAGCCAGCCUCAUCCACACACAAAUGAUCUGUUUUGAUAAAGGAGCACAGAGCCUGAAGCCUUUUAAAUGUAUGCUGUGAUUUGGACAUACUGCUUUUGAAUACUGUAAAAACAUGAGACACUGACAAAGGCAUAAAGAGACUGUAGGGAGCGGGUCAUGAGUCAGUGUUGCUGAAAGUGAAGAGGUGCAGGUAUCAGGGCGGAUUCAGGGGAUUGGUAAAGUGACUUUCAACAUUAAAGCAUAAAGCGAUGAUAAAGUGCUAUUUUUCAAAGAACUGUACACUCACUAAAUGUGGACACUAGGGUUGAGGGUCAUUGGAGAUGCCCUCUCUCAAGUAUAGAAUCCAAACAUUCAAUAUCUUUCAGCGUUUGCUGCCUUUUAACUGAAACCAUUUUCUCCCUGUGUAGGAGUUUGCAGCAGAUCGGACCCAGUACCUUCCUCCGUGGAUCUUGUAUUUCAGCGGUUGUGAUGAGAGAGAUCGGCUGCUGGGGGCGUUGGAUAGCACAUGGAAGGCUAUUUUCCAGGUGGGAAGAUAAACUGUUGUAAUGUGUAUUUCAAAAGGAACUUUCACCACUGUGUUAAACUGAGUGUCCCAUUAGUGUUGGUGGUGAAUGUAGUCCACUAAAACAAUAGACUGUGAACAUUAUGUGAUGUACAGACCUAAAAAACUGAGUUCUCCUUCUUUUAGAGUCAGACAUUAACCAGAGAGCAGCUGCAGUUUUGGCCUAGCCCUGAUUUAUUUCUCUGGCCAGACUCAUCCAAAUUAAUAAAGAGGAAUACUGCCACAUCAUUUGAAAUCCUAAUUACAACUUAUCAACACUGUUAGUUAUGGCCUUGUACUUGGAUAGGAAAGAUAUUGAUGAGGUAUAGAAAUGCUAUUUCAUCAACUAUUCAUCUGGCUGAACUGUCACACUUGUCCUCUCUGCACACAGGUUGACCUUCCCCACAGAGGCGUGUUUGAUCCAUCUGUACAGAAGCGUUGUGGCGAGGCCCUCGCCCUGAUGAACAGUGCCUGGCAGAGAGCAGACAGUCUGGCUCGAGGCAGAGCUCAGCGUGAACCCUGGUGCUGAUGGAUACACAUACACACACAUGCGCAUACACCUUACUGUGGUUGAGACAGAGUGAUAGUUAGGCAUUCUUACAUAGCUGCGGUAUACAAGGCUUCAACUACUCUGACACAACAGUCACUACAAACUGUUCAGAGUCCCGAGCUGACAGACUGAAGUAAAUCAAACGCAUGAGGCUACUGGUUAUCGUGUUACAGCAUAACCUUGUGAUGCUUCCCUGAUUCCCUGUUCAAUCUGGAUACCUUAGGAGCUGCAGCAGUCGAGGGGCACAGCUAUCCAGUUAUACGCGACAUUAUUACGAGGAAUGAAAAUGUUUUGAGAGAGCAAACACCAGAGUGUUGUGACAGUGGUGUCACUCCUCUGUCAGAGAUUCUUCAGAAUGAACAGAUGCAGAAACAAAUGUACUGAGAAGAACAGACGUUUGACUUGUCAGGGAAAAAAGCCCUGAAGGAAAUGCACAAACGAGGGUUGUGCAAUGGUUGUACUAUAAACUGUUUAUUUACAACUUUGUACAUCUAACCUAUCCUGCUGAACUUAGAGUUUGUCCACCAAAAGUAAAUGUCCAUCAGUUUUCUGCGAAACACUGAUGAACAGAAGCUUCAUUUUAGUCAGAAAGGAAAAAACAAGAAACAUGUCUCUGGCAGACCGAGGACUGUAAGUGGACACAAAUCUAAGAAGUCCUGAUGUGUAGCUUUCUGUGCAGUGAAGUAAGAAAUUUGUUGGUGAUGCAUUACAUUCUCAAAAACGGAUUCCUUUCUGGAAGAAAUAACCUGCUUCCUGUGAAAUUCAUCAAGAAAGCCAUAUACAAAGAGGAAACUCACUGCUCGUUCACUCCACAGUCCCUUGCCUUGCACAAAAACGUGCUUUCUUCUGCACAACUUUAAGAAGAUUCAAAUCCCUCUUUGCUUGCGAACAGUUCGCAGAAGCUCUGCUGAACCCAUUCACUCAUUCAUUCAUUCAUAACGCUGAUGUACAGAGCUGUACAGUAUUAACACAUACUCCCUGACAGUUGUGUGUUUGUCUGCUACUCAGUUUAGUUCGUCUCAAGGCUCAUACCUCUACACUGAUCUGAAGUAUCUGGAUAUGUAUCACUUGCACUGUUACGUGAUAUGCUUAUAUACCUGUGUGGUCUAUCUGAGAUCUUGCUCUAACUCACUCAAAGUUAUCACUCAGAUGGAAACAUCAGGAAAUGCAACACACUUGCCUUUUUUCUCCACUUCAUAGUAAAGAGUGGAGGCUUCCAUGCUGACUUGCACAUUGUUUGUGUUAUUUUAAUGGUACUAUUUGUGAUUUUGUGUGUCUAUUUCAUAACAUGUGCGCAUUAAUUUCCAUUUUACAGAAAGUGGGAACAAUUGUUACUAAAAUGUUCAACUGUGUAGUCACACUAAAGUGCUCUAGAACUUGGUGUCUGCAUGAGCAGGGUUAUACUCUCCCUUUAUGAUGGGAUUGUAUCAGUUUAGUGUAAGGGCCUGAGUAAAGACUCUUCUCCUGGCUCAGAGCCUCAAGGCUUUUGGAUUUAUGGUUUCAUUUUGAACUAUAGAUUCGUGGAAUUAAGACGUCUUCAUCUGCAUCAGUCAUCAUGUGGUGUUUAUGGACCAUGUUUAUGGGCUCAUAAAUCACCUCACAGGUUAUAGCGUAUCCAAUGAAGCUUAUGUUGUCGGCAGAACAAUGCUUUUCAAUAGCCUGUAAUAUCACCUACAAAUGAAUCUUGGCGUUAUACAAAUACCAUUAUGUGUUCAAGUAUCCUUUAACUGAUAAAGGACUAAAGUGUGUGUGCAUUACAAUCUGCCCUCAACACUCACACGGUUUGAAGUACUGCUGCUCUGUCAGCAACAGUGUGUAACAGCUUCCAUGUCAAUGAUGACAGAAGUGAGAGGUCUGUAUCACACAAUGUUGACAAUGUUGCCUUUUUGAUAAUCGUUUUUGAGCAGAUUUCUGUCUGUAAAUGUAAAAUAUGUUGGCACUGGACUAAAAUGUUCAUGUGGGAAGAAGUAUUGACCAAUCACUUUUGAGAGAGCUUUGGAGGCACAGAAAGAAAGAGUUUAUGUGAGGAGGCAACAUGGGCCAAAUUGUAAUCCCAGAACCCAUCAGCUGUCCAAGAAUAACACUUUGGAGUUUUAUUUAUCUCCGUAAACAGACAACUUUUUAUGAGAAAAGAUUAGGACUCAGUUGUACAUGUUCCACUUCUGAUCUCAAGCCUCCACUUAGAAUAUAAACAGUGACCCCUGCAGGGAAGUAAGCUUUGUGCAGAAUAUCCUUUAGCUAUAAUGUAGACAUUUGCUUUCUACACCGACAGCCCUGAAGUAAUGGCUGUUACCACCAGAGGCUAAAUCAUCUUCAGACCUCAACUGACAGGUUCUGAGGUUACCCCCCAGGCAGACUGAACUGGUCAAACAGGCCCAUAUGCCUAAACUAAAUGAUGCAAUAUUCUGCUUUUGGGGAGAGGUGAUAGUAAUCUUCCUGGUAGACAAGUCAAAGUAUAAAAGAGCAGGUUUUUAAACUACAGUACUCCCUGCAGGCACUACAUUACAUACAAACAGAAUGGUGAAAUGUUAGGAGAUAAUCCUCUCCAUUAGACAUUAAUCUGAUUAAUUAAUGAUUUUGAUAUUAGGUCUGAGGCAGGUUUUGGUGGGAGAUUGUGAUUGUAAUCAGCAAAGCAUGAAGGGAGAAUCUUGCACUGUUUGGCAUUGUUGUGGAAAAUCCUUCAAAUAGCUCCCAAAUGUCCCCUGCUUUUGUUUUCUUGCACAAUCCUGUAUUCCUCAGAUACACUGUGUUACUUAAGCGUCAGCAUUAAUGAGUGCUUUAAGCUUUUCUAAGUGCCACUUGGUCUCUACAGCUUCUGCUCUUCUUCACAAAGAAAUCUAAUCUCAGGUGAAAAAGGUACUUCACAUCACGAACCUUAAUGCUCACCCCCUGUUCCUUUUAAAUUAAAUUGCUGCUGUUUUUAGAAGUUAACAUUCAUUUAAAUCCCUUUUUUCUUUUUUAGUUUCCUCCCUUGCUCAGUGAAGCAUUAUGAAGUUAUUUUGCGCACACAGAGACAGCUGCAAAGUACUUUCAAAUGUGGGUAAAAGGUUUUAAGGAAUACUCCUUUAAUAAUUUAUUGAGUCCCAGAAUAGGAUUGGUCAGCUGCUUAGUUUGAAUCCUCUGCCCCAGUGGAUUACUUCAGGUCUUUUUGACCAGAGAGAGUAACAGUUGCAAUAGUUGGACUUACUUGAAAUGUUUGUUUGAUAAUUCGUUAAAAGAUUAACUUCUUAAUCUUGUGGCCUAAGAAGUGUACAUGAAGACAGAGUUGGCAUGUUUGAGCAGUCUUUUGAAUGUGGGACAUUGCUGGCCAAUGAUGGGAGAUAUCCUCUCGAAGAUGCGUCGUAAAAGCGUUUUUUGAUUUUGUUUCUUUUUUUUAACUGCAUGUAAUAUUUGUAUUUUGUUUAGCAGUUUUAUUAAAUUGUAAAUAGAGCACUACUCAGUAUAACAUACUGUACACUCACAUAAGACAUGCAUGUCCAGGAGGUUUUAUACUGUUCAUAAUGUUCAUGAAUGUACAAAAAAUCCUUGGUGAUUGGACGGCAUAACUGAAUAAACAGAAACA